AUGAGUAUUCCAGAUUUUCGCGUAGUUGUUGCUAUUGACUUUGGUACAACCACGAGUCCUGAAGCGAUUGGAAUAUUACAAGAUUGUAUACUUAAAGCAGGUUAUACGACAAAAAAUUCGAAGAAUAAUUUAGAGUUUACUACUGAACCCGAAGCUGCAGCAUUAUACUGUAUGGAGAAGUUGGAAGAACUUCGGUUAAGUGAAGGAUCAACUUUCAUGGUGGUAGAUUGUGGAGGUGGUACAGUUGAUUUGACAGUCAGAAAGUUAUUAUCCAAAAAUAAAUUAUCGGAAAUUACAGAACGUAGUGGGGACCUUUGUGAAGAAAUGGAGCAAGAGGACUGGCUAUUAGAGAUUAAAUAUGAGGAUGUUCGUAAAAUGUUUGACCCAGUAAUAGAAAAAGUCAUUCGUUUGAUUCGCAAUCAAUUGACAUCUUCAAAAGAAAAAUGUUCAGCAAUGUUUAUAGUUGGAGGUUUUGCGGAAUCGCCAUAUCUUGUCUCAAAAGUAAAGGAAACUUUCAAUUCUGCAGUGCCAAUUAUUUGUGUUCCACAAAAUCCAAUUUCUGCUGUUCUAAGAGGAGGUGUCAUUUAUGGUUUAAAUAAAAAGACAAUUGCAACACGCCAAUUGAAAUUAAAUUAUGGUGUUCAAGUUUAUCCAUUAUGGAAAAAAGGAGUAGACCCAAAGAAAAGAAUGACAGCAGAAGGGCCACAAAACAAAAAUACAGAAAGAAUUUAUACAGCUGAAUUUAAGUAUACUAUACCUGAUUUUUAUUUUGGACCAGCAACACGUUAA